GAAAUGCAAGCCUGGCUGAGAAAGCACAUAAAUUUGACCAGCUCCAGAUUUUAGCAAUGGACUCCCUUGCUGUAGCCAAUGGCAACUUCACCUUGGACCUUUUCAAAAAGCUAAAUCAAGCAUCCCAGGGCAAAAACCUUUUCUUUUCACCCUGGAGUAUUUCCACUGCUCUGGCCAUGGUCUACAUGGGAGCAAGAAACAACACCGCCACCCAAAUGGCUGAGGUGCUUCAUUUCAUUGUGGCAAAAGGAAACAGAAGUUCUUCACAGGAAGCAGGUUUCACUGAAGGUCAAACCAUUCAUGAACUGUUCAAGGAAAUGAUUUCUGAAAUCAACCAACCCAGGAGCACUUACUUGCUUAAAACUGCCAACAGACUAUAUGGAGAAAAGACUUUCAAAUUCAUUGAUGAAUACCUGCGGCUUGUUAAGAAAUAUUAUCAUGCUGAACCACAAGCAGUUGAUUUUUUGCAUUCUGCAGAACAAGUCAGAGGCCAGAUCAAUUCUUGGGUGGAAGGACAAACUGACAACAAAAUCAAGAAUCUGUUGCCUGAAGGUGUUGUUGAUUCUCAGACAGCAUUGGUCCUAGUAAAUGCCAUUUACUUCAAAGGAAUGUGGGACAGAAGAUUUCAGAAAGAAAACACCACUGAGAAGUCUUUCAGGCUCAGUAAGAUCCAGUCGAAGCCUGUGCAAAUGAUGUUUCUAAGGGAUAUGUUUCCAGUUUUCUACAUUGACACCCUGAGAGUCUAUAUUCUUGAGCUCCCUUAUGUUAGCAGUGAACUCAGCAUGUUAAUCCUGCUGCCAGAAGACAUCACAGAUGAGUCUACAGGUCUUGAACUGGUAAAACAUUUAUUUGCAGAUUUCAGGGGACUUAGCAAACAUAUAUAAGUAUGAAUUCAGAUGUGUAUAGAAAAGAAAUGUUUUAUUUCUCCCAUUCAGUGGGAGGUUUAGGAA